CAUCAACAUUUUGUUACCUUCACGCGCUCCAGACGCGAUCGUAGCGUUCUGUGCAGAAAACUUGUUGUUUUGCAUUAAAUUAUAUUCUAUUUUGUUGAGUACAGUUUGGUGAGUGUUUAGUGAAGCAAAAACAAAAACGCAUCCACAAGAAGAACGCGUAGAAAACCGUGCCAAAGCAGCAGCUAAGCGUAAGACAUUGUCAACAAUUCAACCUACGACGGUUCAGCACACGCUUCACAAUUAAAGUUGUUCUUGAAGACGAUUAGUACAAAAAAACAGAAGCAAUAUCAAGCAAGACAAUGUGUGACAUCAUUUGCAGACUUUGCUUAAAGGACCUGGAUGCGGAUGAUCCGGAUGGAGGCUCUAUUUUAGAUGAAAAGAUUAGAAAAGCGAUGAACAAUGUGUUUUGCUUUAAGGUAUGCUUUGAAGCGGAAUUACCCCAGAACAUCUGCAAACAAUGCUCCUGGAACGUGCAAGAUUUUGAAUGCUUUAGCGAGCUAGUGGAGAAAAAUCAGAAAAUAUUAAAACAAAAAUAUUUGCCCAUGGAAAGCCCUCAUUACACUGAGGACGAAUCCACAGAACAGGUGGAUCAGGAAAGCUGCGUACAGGAACCAUCGACCCAAAGUCAACUUGCAACAGUAUCAUCUUCAACAGUAUCUGAUAUAUAUUUGGAUUCGAAUGUCUAUGAUAAACCUUUGGUGGACAUGGCGUACAAGACUGAGCUGGAUGAGGUUGAUGUGGUCGAUGAGUUCCAUCCAGAUCUUAUGGAAACUUCGAUCUCCGGUAUAGAACAGUGGCGUACAAUUAUGACGUGUGGUGAUUACAAAAUAUCAUCCGAUUAUGAUACAACAGAGAGCUCCUCGAAUGAAGAAAAUGUUGAAAACUUCCUAGAAAUAAUGGAAGAAAACAACAACCCACACAACGAGCCAAGUAAAGGAAAAUUAAAUAAACAAGUGGAAAAAGAUUGCUUGAGGUCACUGUCAAAUCACUGUCCGCCCGAUACUAACGACAAGGAACAGUACGCAUGCAUGGUGCCAUCGCAAGACUCGUUGAAAACGAGCAACGACAAGGAAAAUGUAUCAAAAAAUAACGAUAAGGGAGAGUUUGUGUGUGGUGAGUGUGGACAAACAUUCGUAAUUAAAAGAAAACUGUACGCACAUCGGCAAAACCAUCAGCUGCAAAAGUGUGUGAUUUGCAGUAAAACGUUGAAGCGAAAGAGCUUCCAAAGGCAUCUCCUAACUCACAAACGGGAAAACAUUGAAAAGGAUUUAAAAAAAAAGUAUCGUAACAAACCACAUUAAUUUAUACACACGAAAAAAGCAAAAGAAAUUAACACCAAAAAAGCAAAAGAAAUUAACACGAAACAAGCAAAACAAUUGUUGUGAUAAAAAGUAGUUAAUGUACAUAAAAGAAA